AUGGGAGUGACUUAUUUCCCGGAUAGAUAUUUGGGGGUUAAGGUGAUGCCUGGAGUGGUGAAGUAUAGCCAUAUUAGUAACGUAGUGGAUAAACUGAAGGACCAGCUUUCAGUUUACAAAGGUAAGAUGCUUUCCUUUCAGGAUCGUGUGGUACUUGUUAAAACUGUCCUUUCAAGUUAUGCGAUUCAUAACAUGGUUGUGUAUAAAUGGCCUGUUAAAUUUGUUAAACAAUGUGAACGUGUGAUUCGUAAUUUACUUUGGUCGGGAGAUUCAAACUUGGCUAGAUAUUUUGUGGUUGGUUAUGACAAGAUCUGCAGUCCGGUGCGGGAAGGGGUUCUUGGUCUUACUAGCCUAAGCAACAUGAACAAGGCACUGAUUAUGAAUUUGUGGUGGAGUAUUAAAGCUUCUACGAAGAAAUGGGCUAGAUUUCUGGAUUCGAAAUUUACUUGUAGAGAUGCUUUGGCAGAUGUUUUGCAGCGAACUGACCUUGACAGAAAUGCAAGGGUUAAUGAUAUCAUUAUGCAGGAUCAAUGGCAGCUGGAAGGAGUUCAUAUGCACGACCUCGUCAGUGCUGGUGUGGUUCUGGAGAGCUUGCCAAGGAGGCACACAGGCAGUGAUAGGAAGAUAUGGAUGCCGGAACUUAAAGGUUUAUUCUCUGUUAAGUCUGCAAGGGAGCUGGUGAGGACAAGAUAUCCGGUGCUGGAGGAAGCAAAUCUGUUAUGGAAGAAUGUUGUGCACCCUUAUUUGGCAGCACAAAAUUGGAAGUUUGCCAGGGGAGCUUGUGCAACUCUGGAUAAAGUAAAGAGUAGGUUCAAGAUAGCUCUUCCAUCGAGGUGCAGUGUGUGCCAGAUUGAGGAGGAGUCUUUGGAACAUGUUCUUUGGAGCUGUAGUGCUUCGAAACAUGCUUGGCAAUGGCUGGCAGAUAUUUUCCAUAUUAUUCCUCAUUAUAACUUGCUUGCUGCUAACAAGGAAGCGAAAGGGCGUAGUAGAAUGGUUAAAGACCUGUGGUUAGUCUCAAUCUUGGUGCUGCUUUCGGAGCUGUGGUACCAAAGGAAUAAGAUGGUUUAUGAAAAGAAGAAGCCUUGCUGGACUUUCUUCAAAAAACGUGUGUUUAACCUCAUUCAUGAGUACUCGGCUAGAAUGACAGGAUGUAUGUUCAACAAGGUAGAAGAUCUUGAGAUUCUGAAUUUUUUCAGAGUUGAAUGCCGUAGGGUGAAGAUGUUAGAGCAUGUUGAGUGUUUUUGGCAACCUCAUAUGCAAAAUCAGCUCUUGCUGUGCUGUGACGGUGCCUCUAGAGGCAAUCCAGGGGUGGCGGGAGCUAGUGUGGAGGCGAGAAAUUCGGCUUGUGAAGUGGUUGGGGCGAUGUGUGUUGGUCUUGGUAUUAUUUCCAAUUAUAUGGCGGAAUCGUAUAGCAUUCUGAUUGGUUUAGAAUGGGCAGUUCAAUGGGGAUACCGUGAUGUUCUAGUGCAGACUGAUUCAUCAAGUUUCAUAACAGCUUUGGAAGGGGAUUCUAUUCCUUGGUUUGCUAGACAGAGAUGGCGUGAUGUUAAGGGAAUGUUUGAUUCUAUAAAUUUUGUGCACACGUACCGUGAAGCCAAUUUCGCAACUGACAAGAUGGCGAAGACUGAUGAGGAGGAUUCUGAUUUGGAUGUGGCUAUUAUGGCAGCUGAAUUUAAAAAAUCCAAAGAGUGGGGUACAAUUCAUGAUGGAAAAAAAAUAAAGAAGAAUAGGGCUUCUUUGAGAGGUAAUUCCUCAACCAAUUCAGUGGAGGGUGCAGUUGAAGAUGAGAAGAAAAAAGUUUUCUUGACAGAUUAG